UGAAAAAUGAAAUAAGUAUGGAGGUGUUAAUUGUAAAUAUGCCACAGCAUUUAAUUCACUUGCAUAUUUACAUAUCCUGCCAUUUAUUAAAUUUUUCUUUUUCAAGAAAAAAAUAAAUAAAAAUCACUCUAUCCCAUAGUUAGUCAUUUCGCCUCCCUUUCUAUUUUUCUCCUUUCAUCUCUUUCACUCUAUCUCCUCAAAAAUCAAAUUCAAAAUCGAAAUCAAAAUAAAUCAAAUAAAAAAGAAAAGAAAAAUCCAUCUCAAGUUCAAUCUCGUUCUCAAUUUCUCCCUUUCAAAUUCACAUUCUAUUCAAAAUUAAAUUCCAAUCCUCAUGCCCUACAUCUGAUUCUGAGUUGAUUUGUGGAUAUGAAGAGAGAGGUAGGUGCUUUUGAUGGUGGAAUUCAAUUUGAGUCUGAGUCGCAACAAGCUCAAGAUAGCAACAACAACAACAACUGUAAGAGAUUUAAAGUUGUUAAUGGUUUUUUUGUUUAUUCUCGAUUGAGAAAGAAUAAACCUAGUAGUCGUGAAUGUCAUGAUGACAAAGAUCGAAAGUGCCAACAAAUAAUUCAAACUGUAAGUGAAGUAGAAACAGUAAAUAAAGACCCACAAGUUAAAGAUGUAUCUAGAGAGUUAUCUCUUUGCAAUGUACAAUUACCCAUUUGUAAAAUUGAAUCAUUCAGUGAGCCUAGUAGAGUAAUUCUAGCUAACGAAGGUGGGACUGAGGAUACUGAGCGAAAGUUGGCUCAUGUUGGUACUGAGGGAAAGAGUAAUAAAUUGAGACAGUUAACGAGGUCGAAUUUUACGUUAAAAGUGGAGCCUGUGGAAGUUAAGGUCAAUGGAUUAGAAACUAUUGAUAGUGAAAUGAUUUCUAAAGUUGAUGUUGAGAUGAUUGCUGAAGGAAGUGCGUUGACCCCUCCUAAGAAGAAUUUGGAGUUGAAAAUGUCAAAAAAGAUUGCGUUGGAUAAUAUACCUAUGACUGUCAAGGAGUUAUUUGAGACUGGUUUGCUUGAAGGGGUACCAGUCGUUUACAUGGGCGGCAAAAAGUUUCAGGCAUUUUGUCUUCGAGGGACGAUCAAAGAUGUAGGAAUUCUGUGUUAUUGUUCAUUCUGCAAAGGAUGCAGGGUUAUUCCGCCUUCCCAGUUUGAGAUUCAUGCCAUCAAACAAUACAGACGUGCAGCACAGUACAUUUGUUUUGAGAAUGGGAAGAGCUUGCUUGAUGUACUGAAUGCAUGCAGGAAUUCUCCUCUGGAUUCAUUGGAAGCAACUAUUCAAAGUGCCAUUAGUGGUUUGCCAAAAGAGAAGACUUUCACCUGUAAGAGAUGCAAAGGUACAUAUCCCACAAUUCUUGUUGGCAAAGUAGGCCCCUUAUGCAGUUCAUGCGUGGAGUCGAAGGAAUCAAAUGGAAGCCCAGCUUGUGAAACUAAUAUAAAGUCUAGCUUAGUUGAACAAGUUUUCUCCGUGGAAUCCUCUGGAAGUGCUUCUGUUUCUACCCUAUCACAAGAUAAUACUCAAAGGAAGAUAACAAGAAAGUCAGCAGAAUCAGAUUUGAAAGUGAAGUUGUCUAGUACUACUCCUAUGCGCAAGUCUUCAAGAACAAAGAGUCGAUGGAUGAUAAUUCCAAAGUCACCUGAACCAGUAUCAGUCAUCAAACCCUCCAAAAGUGCUUCUGCAUAUCUCUCUUCAGGGAAAAGGAAGCAAUGGAAGUUCACUCCAAGGUCUUCAAAACCAGCUACAGUGUCGAAAUCCUUGAAUAGUGCAUUGUUCAGAAGUUGGUUCCUUUCUUCCCCUUCUCUUGCCCAGCCUCUUUUUUUCUCUGUUCUUGAGUAUUAUUAUCAUGGGAAGUAAUCUUGUCUUUUGUACAUUUUUUUCUCAAGAGAUCAGAGGUUGCAUAAAUUGGUUUUUGAGGAUGGUGGAUUGCCUGAUGGAACUGAAGUAGCAUACUAUGCUCGUGGACAGAAAUUGCUUAUGGGUUACAAAAGGGGGUUUGGAAUUCUUUGUUGUUGCUGCAACUGUGAGGUCAGCCCUUCAACAUUUGAAGCUCAUGCAGGCUGGGCCACUCGUAAAAAGCCCUAUGCCUAUAUUUACACUUCUAAUGGUGUAUCACUUCAUGAACUGGCUAUAUCACUAUCAAAAGGUCGCAAGUAUUCUGCCAGAGACAAUGAUGACCUAUGCAUUGUCUGUGCAGAUGGUGGGAGUCUUAUUCUUUGUGAUGGAUGCCCAAGGGCCUUUCAUAAAGGAUGUGCAUCUCUUUCAAGUAUUCCCCGUGGUAAAUGGUUUUGCCAGUUUUGCCAGAAUAUGUUCCAAAGAGAAAAGUUUGUAGAACAUAAUGCCAAUGCUGUUGCAGCUGGAAGGAUUUCAGGAGUUGAUCCUAUAGAACAGAUAACUCAGAGAUGUAUUCGUAUUGUCAAAAACAUAGAAGCAGAGCUUACCGGAUGUGUUCUAUGCAGAGGCUAUGAUUUUAGCAGAUCUGGAUUUGGCCCACGCACCAUCAUUCUAUGUGAUCAGUGUGGGAAGGAAUUUCAUGUGGGCUGUUUAAGGAGUCAUAAAAUCGCAAAUUUGAAGGUUUGUGUGUAUGAUUUUUGCUUCUUUCUUUUAACAAAGAUUCACAGCAUCCAUUCAUUGCUGGCUCGUGAAGCCGAAAUAAUCCCAAACAAACUUUUGGAAGUUGUGAUGAAGAAGAAUGAGGAGAAAGGUUUGGAAACGGUUAAUAAUAUUGAUGAAUGCUUUGAUCCUAUAGUAGAUACAACUGGGCGUGACCUUAUUCCUCUGAUGGUUUAUGGGAAGAAUUCAAAGGGUCAAGAUUAUGGGGGAAUGUACUGUGCAGUAUUGAUGGUCAACUCGUUUGUUGUAUCAGCUGCAAUAGUUCGAAUAUUCGGGCAAGAAGUUGCAGAACUUCCCUUAGUUGCAACUAGUAAUGGUAACCAUGGGAAGGGCUAUUUCCAAUUGUUAUUCUCAUUCAUUGAGAAGUUGUUGGCAUAUUUAAAAGUGCACAGUAUUGUGCUCCCAGCUGCGGAAGAGGCGGAGUCUAUAUGGACUGAUAAAUUUGGUUUUCAGAAGAUAAAACCAGAUCAGCUUAGCAAAUAUAGAAAAAGCUGCUGUCAGAUAUUGACCUUCAAAGGGACGUCUAUGCUACAGAAAGCGGUUCCUCCUUGUAGAAUUGUUAAUCAAAAUACCGAGCCAAUAGGAGUACUGUAAAGAAGUGGUAUGAGCUAUUUUUUUUUUUCUUUUUUUUUUUGAUGAAGGAAAAGAAGCUUAGUGUUAACAUUUCUAUUUUUUUUUAAUUUUUGAAAAAUGUGUGUAAAUACUUAGGUAUUUGAGGAGGUAUAUAUGUGACAAGUCUUUUCUACCUUUAUUGAAUCUGGAGGUAGCAAAUCCAUCUCGUUUGUACUGA